AUGCUGGCAUCAGAGAGAGAGAGACAGAGAAAGCGGCUCCCAUCUCCUAGGCUGCCAGAGUCGCGUGAGGCGGCCGCACUUCAUCAAGGCUUGCGGGAGUGCCUGUCGACAUUCCAGGACCUUAGCUCUGCGCAUGUUGUGCGAUACGAGACCUACUGGCUGGAGGAACCGGAGCACCUUCCGCAGGACAUACGGCAGCUCGUGGGCGAGCCCGCGCCGAAGCCCGUGAAGACGGAGGUGCAGGUCACGGAAGACGAAGCCUCCCGGGUGUCAUCUUUGCGCUUUCGCGUCCGUCAGUCCAGCAGCUAUGGUGGCUUGAGGCGCACUCGAAGCCACAGCGAUGUCUACCCCACCCCGUCAGGGCUGAAUAGCAGCUGCGGGUUCAUUUUCGAGGCCCCGGAGUUUGCUGAAGAGAUCGAGCCCACGAGGCCCAGAUCGCCCUGGCAGGAGAACAGGAACGACAGCAAGGCCACAGCGAAAAAGGUCGUGUUAUUGAUCGAAAUGGAGCUUAUGGGCCCCCCUCCUGGUGGUACCGUGUCAGAUGAACGGCAGACGCUGACGCUUCGAUCGUGGUUGAAGCGUGAGAAUCGGACGCUCUCCGACGCGGCAGACAUCUUCGGGUCGCUCAUGCUCAGUGUGCGGCACAUCCACCGAAAGCGCAUUGUCCACGCCGAUUUGAAGCCGGACAACAUCUUUUGCGUGGCCGAGCGCUCGAAGGUGCGCGUGGUCCGCAUUGGGGACUUCGGCCUGGCAGGCGAGAAUCAACUCUUCCGCCAGUUCGACCAAUUUUCUUCAGACAUGCUGACCACGCGCAGUGGCCUCACCGGGGGUACUCCUGGCUAUGCCGCUCCGGAAAUCCUGCAGUCGGUUCGACAAGGACAGCGUGCAGCCUGUUCUGACAAAGUGGACAUCUACUCCUGUGCCAUGGCAAGCAAGAGCGUAUACUUCUCACGUGACAGGCUCGACACGAGCUCACAGAGAGGCACUUCUUGUCUCUCAUCUUGUCCUCUUUUUCUUGUCUCCCCCUAG